AUGCGAUUAGCUGACCGCAAUAAAUGGAAAGAUUUCAAUAAAACAGUAGAAGAAUUAGAAGUUGUGAAAGCAAGAGCACUGAAGGAAGAGAAGAAACGCCAGCGGGAUUUGGAGCGAGCACGAGAGCGUAGGGAGCUCGAAGAAAGAGGUUUCUCUUCUGUUCCUGUCGGCUCUCGUGAAGCCACCACUGGGAAAACAGAAGGCUCCAAAGAGGGUCUAACACAGUUGUCCAAGGAAAAAAGCGUGGCGAAGACCGAAGAAGCGUCGAAGUUCUCAUCCGUA